UUUCUGCUGAAGAAUUAGCAUCAAACGGGUCAAAACUAUAUUGUCUGUCCCCAUUGUCCCUUUUGUAACUGUGAUUGAGGUCUACACAAAUGAAAUCAAAUUGAGUUUUAUGAACAUGAGCCAAUAUGAUGGCGAUUUGAAUAAGGAAAGCCUCAGCCACAACAAGGGGUAUUUUCAACUAUAAUUCCCGUUGUUGUGAGCAUAGUGUUUUACUAGGCCCCAUUGUCAUGACAGAAGAUGCAUCACUAUUUCUAUUGCUGCGCUGCACACGGCGCUGUUUUUAGAGUCAGUUUGGUUGAGUUUCAUCUAGAUGCCUGUGCCAGGACCGGUGGCUGUGGUGCGUUGCGUGCGUUCGUUCCAUGACCUUUUCUCCCCUAGACGUACCGGAUCAACUGAUUUCCUCACCAAGCACUGCCAUUCCACACCUCCCGAUGAAGAUCAUGGAAACCUGUUUUUCAUACACUCGAAAUAAGCUGCCGGUCGGCUGAUGUAUUUGCAAAUGAGAAGGCAAAUCUGUCACUGAAAAUAGAUGUAAAUGCUCACACAUCCCAGGAGGACGGCGGAGCUCUGCUAGUGAGUAUCCUCUUCAAACUAGAGUUACAACGUUAAUCGGAUCUCCAGCACCUCUGUACUCGCGACCUCCUCAUUGGUUGAACUCCACGGAUUACAGUAGUAUCAUUAAUAAGUAGUUAUUGUAACAUUUAAGCGAUUUAUUCUUUUCACUUUGAUCUGAUUAUUCGAUCGGGGGGUGUGUAUCUAGACUAGAGGCUAGCGUCAUCAAUAAGUUAGUCACUGAGGAUUUUGUUUCUGCAGUACCAUGGGGUCCAGUCGUCUCAUCUGCAGUUUCAUCGGUGUUCUCAUCCACCUGCGGGAGUCACCUCGAUGUUCAGCUGCAUCCAGCAUUGACGUGCCGCUGAGAGGCGCGGCCGUUCAGUCUUCCACCUAUUCGGGCCGGAGCGCUGGACAUGCCAGCGCUGGACUGGCCAUCGAUGGGAGCUGCAGCCCUGCUCUGAGGGACAGCUGCGCUGCAACCAAUUACACGGUCAAUCCGUGGUGGAGGCUCCAGCUGGACGGUGUGUACAGGGUGUCUGUGAUCGAGAUCACUAAUAUGCACUCAACAAGGAAGUGGCUCGACGGCGUGGAAAUACACAUCGGCAAUUCACUGGUCAACAACGGCAACGACAACCCGAGGUGUGCCAUCAUCCACGAUGUCCCCGACGGCUUGACUCAGACUGUCCAUUGCUGGGGAAUGGAAGGAGUGUAUGUCAACUUCUACAAGCCCACUACAAACACUACAUUCUUGGUGUUGUGUGAGGUCAAAGUGUACGGAGAGUUGGCCCCCCCUCCCCCCUCCAUCAGCACUCCGGGGGUGGGGAUGAACGUCACCCUGGUGGGGAAGCGGCUGUGCUGGUCAGACGCCCUGUUCUACUGCAGAGACUAUCACUGGGACCUGCUGACUCUCAGGGGCCCGGCGGAGCAGGAGAUAGUUGACGAUCUGGUGGCUCGCGCCCCCUUCCCGCUAACCAGCCAUCUCUGGGUGGGCCUGCGCAGGUCUAUUCUAGGAAGCUCUUGGUUCUGGAUGUCGGGUGACCCAAUGGACUUCACCCAGUGGGACGAGGCCUCACAGGAGCCCAGCCCCUGUGGGGGCAUUUCCAGCAAAGAACGUUCCGCAUGGAGGCAACGCUUUUGUGGGGAACAUCUCAACUUCAUCUGUUUCACAGGUCCGACAGGAGGGAAAAAGGUGCGCUUCUUUAGUACAACAAGAGUGAAACCAACUUGUAAAAACUAGGUUUGUCUCGCUGGAGAAUGCAACUACUGAUUCCCAAGUAGUCCCGUAGUGAAGAUUCUGAAUGCUUUAGCACAGAGCUUGUCUGUGGUAGCUAGCCAGUUCUGCAUUUUGCUUACAAACUCACGGAAGAUGUGUAUCCAUGAGAUUAGUGCUCUAAUAGCUUGAACGUGUAAGUAGAAGUAAUACAUUUACUUUAGAAUAUAAUCAUUGAACAUCCAUAUGAGCAGAUCUGGUUGACGUUGCAUUAGUCCUUUGAUUGAAAUGUGGAGAUUGUGAGAAUAUGCUAUAUAAAUACUAUAUAAAAUAUUGGUCAUGUUUUAUUUCUAUGUCUUUAAUUCUUGAAAUAAAGAGAACAAUUUAGUUUCCUUUGAUACGUUAUUGAAUGUCUCAACUGUUUCAAAAAAAUAAUUUCUUCACUGAUUGACAUUUAGAAUGCAUGUUUCAAUAUUUAAGGUUUUGUAUGAAACAGAGAUUUCUGAAAUGGAACAGCCAAGGGAACAUAUUUUGAUUAUUGCUAACUUGGAAGAUCACCUUCAUAGAUCAGCUAUAAAGAAGAAAAAUUCAAACUUGUAUUCACAUGAUGGAUAGCAAUGGAAUGCUUUCCAGAUCGUGUCAUGAUGGUAUCUUUCAUUGAGUGCCUUGUAGCCAUAUCACCAUUUUUUAGAAACCCAUGUAUUACAGGAUUGAUGCAGUUUCGAGAUGGUUUAAGUUGAUCAUAUCUUAUCAUCACACCCAUUAUCCUUGAUGAACCGAGACCAUUGUUGAGCUCUCUUGUU